GAGACGGAUGAGAGCACACAAGCCGCUUUAGGAGUGGCGAGGUUCAGAGCCCUCGCUGCUGCCUGCGGAUUCUCGCCUAGAGUUUGACCAGCCGCUCUCUAGGUCGGCUUCCCCGGGGCGCCGAGAUGCUGUCCUGCCGCCUUCAGUGUGCGCUGGCUGCGCUCUCCAUCGUCCUGGCCCUGGGCGGUGUCACCGGCGCGCCCUCGGACCCCAGACUCCGUCAGUUUCUGCAGAAGUCCCUGGCUGCUGCCGCGGGGAAGCAGGAACUGGCCAAGUACUUCUUGGCGGAGCUGCUGUCUGAACCCAACCAGACGGAGAAUGAUGCCCUGGAACCUGAAGAUUUGUCCCAGGCUGCUGAGCAGGAUGAAAUGAGGCUGGAGCUGCAGAGAUCUGCUAACUCAAACCCAGCUAUGGCCCCCCGAGAACGCAAAGCUGGCUGCAAGAAUUUCUUCUGGAAGACAUUCACAUCCUGUUAGCUUUAUUAAUUAUUAUUGUCUAUGUCAGACCUCUGAUCCUUCUCCUCCAAACCCCCUCUCUAUUCCCUAAUCCCCCAAAUCCUCAGCAAGACCCUUGCAUUAGAAAUUGAAGACUGUAAAUAUAAAAUAAAAUUAUCGUGAAAUUAUGAAAAA